AGUAGAAAGUUGUUGAACUUGCCGUCGCGUUUGAUAUUUCCGUCGAAAUUUCCUAUCGUCUCCGAUUUAUAAUUUUCGUAAAUAGAUCUAAUGAGUCGUGCCCAGGAACCACAUCGCCAUUUCUUUCCCUUUGGAAAUCCUUUCCGGAAUAUAUCAUCUAGGGGUUCUCAGUUGUCUCCAAGGCUUCAUCAUCAAUUAAAUGGUUUUGAAGGAACUUUGUCAGAGAGGCUGCAAAAACUGAUACCAAAAGACAAGGAUGAUGUCCUUAGCUUAUCAUGGAUGAAACUGGCAAUGGAGUCGCUAUAUGAAACUCACAAUGACAUAAAGACGCUGAUUGCUGAGCUUGAGCUCCCUGUGUCUGAAUGGGACGAGAAAUGGAUUGAUGUGUACUUGGACAUCAGUGUGAAGUUGCUGGAUAUUUGCAUUGCUUUUAGCUCUGAGCUUACAAGGCUCAACCAAGGUAAUAUCUUGCUUCAAUGUCUCUUGCACAAUUUGGAGUCCAACUCAUCAGACCGGUUUAUUCGUGCUAGUUCUUCACUUAAGAGCUGGAGACAACACAUUAGCUCAAAAAACCCUAGAGUUGAAACUUGUCGACCAAUCCUAGAGAGUCUUGUGGAAUCAUUGAACAUGCCCGAGGUCAAGAAGUCUGCCAAGGGAAAGGUAUUGAUGCGUGCAAUGUAUGGAGUUAAGGUGGAGACUGUAUAUAUCUGUAGUGUCUUCGCUGCAGCUUUCUCUGGUUCUGCUAAGAAUUUGAAAGAGUUGACCAUUCCUGAUACGGUAUUGUGGGCACAGGCUUUCAAUGAUUUGCAGACUUAUGUGAAUGGGGAAAUAAGAAAUAUAUUUUCUCAUGGACAAUUUACAGUGAUAAAAGAAUUAGAUGCUGUCAAUGCAUGUGUCAAGAACUUGAAUCCCAUGAUCCAAGAAGGAUUGGGCGAUUUUGAAGUGGAAUCAUUUAAGAGCUCUGUUUCAGAUUUGGGGAGGCUGACAGCAAAACUCUCUCAAGGACUAGAUGUUCUUUCAAAGGAAGUGGAUGGCUUUUUCAAAAUAGUGUUGACAGGGCGUGAUGCCUUGCUUUGUAAUCUCAGAGCAACCGGUUCUUUCCCAGACACAAUGCCAGGGAGAAAUAUAGAAGGCCAAGUUUUGAGGUAGUUGCAUAAUCUCAACUCUCGUGUACAAAUAGCAUUAGUAUAGGGUUUUGUCUGUUUUCUGUUCGGUAAA